CGGACGCGGACGCCUUCAUAAUUUAACUCCACCGUCCAUUCUUUUCCCCUCGUCUUCCCCAGCUCGCCAAGAGGCCAAUCAUUCCCCUGCGAUUCCCAUUCCAAGCGCUCGAGCUUUCUUUGCUCCAAGCCUCAACUCCGAUGGCGGACUUCUUCUUCGGGAGCCCCUUCCGCCGCCUCCUCCACGCGCGCCCCUUAACCGCCGAGUGGCCCUCCUCCGCCGCGGCCGCCAUGGACUGGGUGGAGACCCCGACCUCCCACGUGCUCCGGAUCAACGCGCCGGGCCUCGGCAAGGACGACGUCAAGGUCCAGGUCGAGGAAGGCAACGUGCUCACCAUCAGGGGCGCGAAGGAGAAGGAGAAGGAGAAGAAGGAGGACGACGAGAAGGAGGGAGUGGUGUGGCACGUGGCGGAGCGCGGGAAGCCGGAGUUCGCUCGCGCGGUGGCGCUGCCGGAGAACGUGCGGGUCGAGGGGAUCAGGGCGGGCAUGGAGAACGGCGUGCUCACCGUCGUGGUGCCCAAGGAGCCCGCCCCGGCCCGGUCCAGGCCCAGGCCCAUCGCCGUCUCCAGCAAGCUCUGAAAGUCUGGACCACCCGGCUUGUCAAUGGGUCCAGCUGCCAACUGAAAAGGUGUCAGGUGUUGCUCCGUACUGUGAGUCAGCAGAGUCAAUCGUGCGUGUCUCGGUGUGGUAGUAAAAUGGCUGCGAGCCAGCGAGUAACAAUACUUGAGUUGAUAAUGUGUACUGGCCGGUUCUGUGCACUCAAAUUGCUCAUGAGUUGUUACGGUCUGCACUACAUAGGAAUCACGUUUUGCCCUGUACCACAUGUUUGUUAAUUCACGACAUUCUUGUUAUUAUCAGUUACAAA